AAAUGAGGGCAAAUAGCAGUAAGAUUGAAAUGUGGUUAUUUCUGGGAGAUUCGUUUGCUUAAACCCUAGCACCGAAUGUAUUCAUUUCCCAGCAAAUCGAAAACAAACAAGCCAAGGCGACGGAUAUCCAGACGCGGAUCAAUCGCCUCAAACCUUAGCUCUUAAUUGUCAAGGAGAAAAGAUGGAAUUGCACUUGUAAGGAGCCAGUUUACAUUUUAACUGCAAUCUGAUCAGGCAGUGUUUUCUACCUUUUCUGAAGGUUUUCUGUCUCGCUAACAAGUCUGGUUAAGACUGGGAAAAUCAUAGGAAAUGGCAAGAAAUAUGGGUCAUCUCUUGAGAUCGAUGAUUCAGCUUCCAGUAUUCAAGGUUGGGUUUUCAACGAACUCAGCUAGUCGACUCAUCUGCUCUUCAACUCAAGGAAAACAAAUCAAACAGGAUCAACUUGGAGAGGAUGAUAAUCGUACCUCGGUUGAGAAGGAGAAGGUUGAUAACAAAAGUGAAGAGAGUACUAAAGUUGAGAGCGACAAUGACGAAGGGGACAAUGUUCAUGUAAAUAAAAAGACUGUUGAGAUUGGAGGCCCUAAAGGUCCUGAGCCCACUCGCUAUGGCGACUGGGAGCGUGGUGGCCGAUGCUCUGAUUUCUGAUCUUCGUUUCAUCUUCCGGUUCAACUGCCGUCUAAUUGGUAAUGACUUGCCUACUGGAUAUGUGGGAAAUGAAAAAAUAACAUUGUAGGCGACAACCAAAUAGUCAUGUUAUUCGAAGUUCUUUUCUGAUGAUAGGGCUGGCCCUCUGAUGCAUGAAUAUUGCAAUGAGCGGUUGAACAAGAGCAGCUGUUACGCGAAAUUUCUGAUAAUGUAGGUAAUAGUCUUCUUAUUACGAAAUAAUGUCUUUAUGAUUGUGGAAUUUGCUGCAAGAAUAUGCGUUGUAUCAAUUGGCUAUAACAGCUGUUAGAGGAUUGGAUGAUUCGAAGUUUCCUGAUAUUGAAUUUGAGCUUCUUUCACGGUUA